AUGGGGGUGCCCGAACGUCCCACCCUGCUCCUUUUACUGUCUUUGCUUCUGCUUCCUCUGGGCCUCCCAGUCCUCGGUGCUCCCCCACGCCUCAUCUGCGACAGUCGAGUUCUGGAGAGGUACAUCUUGGAGGCCAAGGAGGCAGAGAAUGUCACGAUGGGCUGUGCAGAAGGUCCCAGACUGAGUGAGAAUAUUACAGUCCCAGAUACCAAAGUCAACUUCUACGCUUGGAAAAGGAUGGAGGUGGAAGAACAGGCUGCAGAAGUUUGGCAAGGCCUGUCCCUGCUCUCAGAAGCCAUCCUUCGGGGCCAGGCCCUGCUAGCCAAUUCCUCCCAACCACCAGAGACGCUUCAGCUGCAUAUAGACAAGGCCGUCAGUGGUCUGCGCAGUCUCACCUCCCUGCUCCGGGUGCUGGGCGCCCAGAAGGAAUCAAUAUCACCUCCAGAGGCCACCCCACCUGCUCCACUCCGAACACUCAUGGUGGAUACUUUCUGCAAACUCUUCCGGGUCUACUCCAACUUCCUCCGGGGGAAACUGAAGCUGUACACGGGGGAGGCCUGCAGGAGAGGGGACAGGUGA